AUGGCCAGCGCGUACACUGUGGAUUAUGCAAGACUGUUGAGUCGAAAUGCCGAAUCUCAAAGAAUGGAUUACUUCAUAGUUGGGGUGGCAAAUGACAAUCCAUCUUUCAAGCCACCAGUCAGAGGCGCAUAUUUGUUUUGCGGACAGUACCCGGAUAGGGUCCAAGUCUCCAUGUGGCACAUUCUGAAAUGCAAUUCCUUCUUACCCAAACAACAAUACUUGAUCGUUCAACAACCUGUCAGUGGGCCUGGAUAUUUGACCCGCGCACUUAGGGGUCUCCUGGCCGAGUGGUUAGCGUGUCCGUCUACCACUCCCACGACCCAGGUUCGAAUUCUGCAGUUUUUACAGACAAUUUGGACGAAGCAGUACAUGGAUGAGCCGACGAAGACAUACAACGUCAUGUUGCUCGGCAACGUGUUGCACGAGACGAGGAGACGCAGCUUAUUGAACUGUGUGGUUCUGUGCAGUGUUGAAGCGUCGAGGCAAUGUGACUCGUUGAACUACUGCAAGUCGUCGGGCCUCUGCCAGUUGAACUCUCACAAGUAUGGCUACCAAAGAACCUCCAUUCAAAUUGUCAACGAUGAUACAUGUCGCUGGGUGUUACCAAGUUACCCGUAA